AUGACGGCAAUGGACUGCACAGAGACGUUCCAAUCCUUGUGCGCCAAGAUUGGGGUAGUUGAUCCGAUUAUAAAAGCCUUGGAGUCCCGCGGAUUUACAACCCCAGCAAAAUUCUUUUGGCCAUUGAAAGAAGGCUCCGAGGAGACUUUUGGUGCAAUUUUGGAUGAAGCACAGAUAGACAUCAAGGCAGCUGCAUCCAUGCUUCAGUCUGCAGAAGCCGGGUGUUUGCGCCGGCUUUUGCGUGAGUGCCGCACAAUCUGCGAUGGCCCGCCAAGUGUAGCAGCACAGGCAGCACCUGCCGUACCUGCCAAAGUAUCUUCCAAUCUGUUUGGCUUCGAUGUUGGCCCGCGACUCACAAGUGAUGCUCUGCAAAAAUUGUGGUCGGAUUUCACGGAAAAUUAUCCGGCAGAAGUGAUCGUGGGCGAUACCAGACCUUGCAAGGCGUUGGUUCAGAUGGUCUUUGCGCAAAAAGCGGCCACUGAGCUCCGUUUCAUUCCAUGGCGGCAGAUUCUCAGUGAAGCGCAAGCGGAUCGCGCCAAACAAGCGGGGUACAAGGAGAAGACCUUUCUUGAUGUGCUGGCUGAUGCUGCGGGACAUGUCAACGCAUUGGAGCAAGACCCGUCGCCUUCUCAUUAUGGUGUUCAGCGUUUGCUUUUAUUACGUUCAGUAGCAUGGGCAUUAGUAGGUUGGUGCCACCUUGGUGCAGGUCGACGAUUGGUGCAGGCAUUCAUGGGGCUGUAUGCCGCUCCUGGUUUGGCGUCACUGGGUCUUCGAUCCCCAACUCUGGCCGAAGCAGAACAUGCAGAUGGCGAAUUGUGUCGUCAACUCAAUGCCUUACUGAGUGAUGGAUUCCAUUUUGAUUCCGCUCUUCAUGAAGUGGUGGUGGUGCGCCACAGCUUGCAAAUGUGGCUGCAACCCAAACCCAAGGUGGUCAAUGCAGAAUCGGUGAUCAGUGCCAAGGGGCCCAAGCGCACCUUGCCGCAGCCGCUUGUUGAUGCCAAGAGUUCGGUGGUGGAUGCGAGCAAUGAUUCUUGCGAGUUGCCUGCGUUGACGCCCCAUGAGGCGGUAGCCCCUUCGCCCCGCGCCGCGCCGGUAUCAAUGGCCGCGGCUUUUCCCAUCGCUGCGUGGUCUGCAUUAGCUGCUUGUUGCGAUGACAAGGAUGCCUUGCUUCCCCGACUUUUGGAGCGCGGUGUACCCACAGGUGUAGUCUCUCCAAUUCCAUUUUCAGGUAUUUGGGAGCCGUCUGAACCUGCCCCUAACCUUGGUUUAGAUGACCUGUCAAUUCAUUUACAGCCUUGGCGCAGUGGUUUAGACCGUGAAGACCUUACUCUGGAGCUAAUGCUGAAGGAUGUGGCAGCAGGUCAUGCCUAUGAACUGAUUGGAGGGGAGGCGGAAGCGCGACAGCGGUGGGGUGAUCUGGUUGCCGCGGGCAAGUUAGGAAUAGCACAGCCGCCUGGAAAGAAACCACGUCUCAUCGGGGAUGGGACGAUUUCGGGAGCAAACCAUCAUUGUGUCAUUGAGGAGAAGGUGCGCCUACCAACCUUUGAGAGCGUCCAGCGCUUCAUGUCAUUAUCUGGUCCCGAUGUACAAUGGGGGGCUUUGAGUUUUGAUGUGAGAGGGGCACAUAAAUUGGUCAAUGUGUCUCCUGCUGAACAGGGCCUUUCCUGCUUCGUUGUCCAAGGUCGUUGGUUCGUCUACAGGUCUUGCUAUUUUGGAUGUCGUUGGGCGGCCUAUUGGUUUUCAAGAGUGGGUGCAUUCUUGGUCCGUCAUUGUCAUCGCUUUCUUUGGGUCCAACAUGGUCUAUUCAUCUACGUCGAUGACGGUUUGGCCCUUUUCCCACAUAGAGUCUGCCCAAUCUUGUCAGCAACUCUGCUCUUGUUUCUCGCUGCUCUAGGAGUUCCGCUGUCGUGGGAGAAGGUGCGUAUGGGAGGUCUACAGCCGUGGAUUGGUUGGUCUUUUCAUUGGGAUCGUGGCUUUGCGGAACUACCAGACAACAAGCGACAAACCUUGUUAGGAUUGCUCACGGAACUGACAACACCCGGUCGCAAGGUACCCCGCAAGACUGUGGAGCGCUGCAUAGGCAUGUUGGUGUGGUUCUGUGGUGGGGCCUACUGGUUGGCAGUGGAAAACCAAGUUCGCAUUCCUUUGCGCGUUUUGGAGCCCGGGCGUGUGCGGAGUGCAGCUGACGCAUUUGCAACAGGACAGCGUGCAGGUGUAGGAGGUUGGUGGGCUGUCUCAGAAGAUGCGCUGCAACAGUCGAAGGUGUUUUGGUUUAGUGAGAUGCUAGACUCGACGUCUUUGCCUUCCUGGUUGUGUGCGAAAGAGACUUUGCAGCAGGAUAUUGCUUCCUUUGAAGGCGUUGCGCAGCUAUGUUUGCUUGUUGGACGGACAGCAGGUCAGGUUCCACCACCUGGUGUGACGCUGCGUUUCCACCAGCUUUGCGACAACAUGGGCACUGCCGCCAGCUUGCGGAAGAAAUUGUCUAUGCAAGUGCCGUUGUCUUAUGUUUUGCAGGCCAUGGGCUUUCAUUGCUGCAGAUUAGGCAUUUGUUUAGAUCCCCAGCAUGUGGCUGGUGUUCGAAAUCAAUGGGCCGACAACCUCAGCCGGAAUUGCCUAGAAGGCUUUGAUCCGGGUCGACGCGUUCGACUGAAUGUUCGAGAGUUGUUGGAGGAGCCUUGGUGUGGCUUUUCUUGA